UUAAAAUGGAACGCAGCCCAGCCCACUAACCUUUUGACAGUUAUUUGAGGUUAUGUGCGUGCUGGUGUGGUUAUGUUGUUAUUCAAGUUUUUCUUUGUGAAACAAAUAUUUCCUGUGAAAAAACACAUUUCGCUGCUUUAAACCAGAAACGUUUACUCAGAAGAUGAUUGAGUCGUGUCCUAAAAAGCGAAUGGUAUUUGGAAUAACGUUCUUGGUAUUGCUAACAGUACUAGUGCUGAUCAUUGAGUCCCACUGGACUGACGGUAAGCAACGUAUACGAAAGCCAAAGUUUUUAGUUGAACAAAACUCGACUUGUUGGGAAAAGGAAAAGUACGAAGUGAUCAAAGACUGUGAACCCUGUUCUGCCUUUGAGAUCAAAAGCAAACAUAUUGGCGUAUGCAUCCAUACUCAUUACAAAGAGGUGCUCAAGUGUGCAAAUGGUGAGAUUGUAACCAGAAGUUGUGAUAAGGCUGCAUAUUAUGAUGAGCAGCAAUAUUGGAAGUUUGAAGGCUUUAUGUUUCUUGCAAGCAUAAUUUCUACUAUUUGUGUUACAACUAGAAGGAGGGUAUUAGAGAAACGCAUGCUGCAGAGGGUUCAGAGACAACUAGCUAAUUCUGUCUAA